CAAGCGUGAAUCGGUAUGCUUCUGUUUGUGUCACUUCCGUUGUGGUAGGUCAUUGUGCGGUAAGAUGGCGGCGGCCGGGAGCUGUGGCUACCAGAUGUGUCUAGCAAGAAGUAUUUACCUUUUGUCUACACGGUCACAAGUUCCAGUGCACAGCAGGACUAGAAUAUACAGAAUAUGCAACCGUUCCUGUAUAGUCCAAAAUCAGGUUCGAUGUUAUGCAUCAGAAGGGAGGAAAGGUUUUCUUACUGGCUUAUUAGACAAUAUCAAACAGGAAUUAGCAAAAAAUAAAGAAAUGAAGGACAGCAUUAAGAAAUUUCGUGAUGAAGCUAAAAGGUUAGAAGAAUCAGAGGCUCUGCAGAGAGCGAGGAAAAAAUAUAAAACUAUUGAAUCUGAGACAGUCAAAACCUCUGAAGUUCUUAAGAAAAAGUUGGAGGAGUUUUCAGAAACAGUUAAAGAGAGCCUGGAUGAAGUUGGUAAAUCUGAUAUCGGUAAGAAAAUUAGGGAAGGAGUAGAAGAAGCAGCAAAAUCAGCAAAGCAAUCUGCAGAAUCAGUCAGUAAAAGUGGGGAAAGGAUUGGCAAAACCACUGCAUUCAAAGCAAUAUCUCAGAGUGUUGAAUCCGUAAAGAAAGAGCUAGAUGAAAGUGUUCUCGGCCGGAGUGGAACGUACCGGUCACCGUCAUCACUGAGGAAGCGAACUGACUUUUCACAUGAUAAAACACAGGAAAAAGUAUUUGAACCAAAUGAAGAAGCUAUGGGGAUGGUUCUCCAUAAAGAUUCAAAAUGGUACCAGCAGUGGAAGGAAUUCAAGGACAAUAAUGUUGUCUUUAACAGGUUCUUUGAAAUGAAGAUGAAAUACGAUGAAAGUGACAACACAUUUAUUAGGGCAUCGAGAGCCAUAACAGACAAAGUCACUGAUUUGAUAGGGGGGCUGUUUUCUAAGACUGAAAUGUCAGAGGUGCUGACAGAAAUUCUGAAGGUUGACCCAAGCUUUGAUAAAGACACAUUUUUAAAGCAAUGCGAGAGGGACAUCAUUCCAAAUGUUCUGGAGGCUAUCAUGAGAGGCGAACUAGACGUUCUCAAGGAUUGGUGUUAUGAAGCAACUUACAGCCAGCUUGCACAACCCAUCCAGCAAGCCAAAGCCAUGAACCUUCAGUUCCGAUCCAAAAUACUUGACAUUGACAAUAUUGAUCUGGCUAUGGGGAAAAUGAUGGAGCAAGGACCCGUUCUAAUUAUCACCUUCCAGGCUCAGCUUGUCAUGGUCAUCAAGAACCACAAUGGAGAUGUGGUAGAGGGUGAUCCGGAUAAGGUAUUGAGGAUGCUUUACGUGUGGGCUCUUUGUAGAGAUCAAGAUGAGCUUAACCCAUAUGCUGCAUGGAGGCUCUUGGAUAUUUCUGCAUCAAGCUCAGAACAGAUCCUGUAAGGGAAAGGGCUUGUGCGUCAGGAUUUCUGCACUGUUCCAUCAUGAAAUGCCUCUACGUUUCUGCUGAAAUGUGGCCACGCCAUUUUGUCAAUACAACAUGUUUCAGCCAGUAGAGCCUUAAGACUCAAAGUUGCUGCUGUGUCACAUGAAGACUGAGAAGGUUUUGGUGCCCAGGUCCGUGGGUGACGGUGGCAGUAAAGCAUGCUUGCUAUCUUGUAAAUAAUUUGUAUUAAAUAAAAAGUAGAACUUUUUUUCUAACAGUA